AUGGAAGAAUCGGAGACGAGUAUGGAAGUGCGUAGCUUAACGGGUGAAUCCAUAGUUGUCUCCAUUUUGCCGAACAAAACCAUUCAAGAACUCAAGCAACUCCUCAAGAAAACAUUCCCACCGGCUUCAAUUUCCCCAAAUUUCCAUCUCUUUCACAAGGGUGUCAAAUUAGGUUUAGAGAGUAAGAUAAGUGAUCAUUCAGUUGGGAGUGGGGAAUUUCUUGUACUUGUUCCCUAUACAAAGAAAGACAGACAACAGAACAAGAAAACUGAGACACCUGCAAGUUCAUCUGUCCCAGUUGGUGGCUCAACUCUGAAAGAAGCUGAGACAGCAUGGUCUGAUAUGAUGGAAGACUUGUCUUACUUGAGCAGCAUAUCUAGGAAUGAAAAUCAGAACAAAGCUCUUUUGGAUGAAACACGUUAUAGAGAUUCAGAUGGACACAAUUGCAGUGUUCCGAUGAGUUGUUCUUCACAGGUUAAGCGCAAGAGAAGCAUCAAGGAUGAUAAGAUGGAAGGACAUGCAGAUGAGCUAGUCCUUAGCAUACUAAAAUCAUCUUCCAAUGUCAUGGAUGACGAGAAAGCUAAGAUAUUUGUUCAGGUUUUAGCGUCUAUAAAUUGUUUUACCGACCCGGAUUCAGGCAACUGUAUGUGGGAGGAAGCCAACAGAAACGACAACGUAUCUGAUCCAUGUAUGAGUGGUAGUGAUUUGUGCGGGUGUCCGACGUGGUUGAGGAGAAUAAGCAAUAUAUUUUCUUUUUUAAGCAUCUAUUCAGCUUCCUUACAACUUCAGCAGGGACAAGUUACCUACUCCAGUCUGAAGGGAGCACUCGAUCGUCUCUGUCUGUUUGGAUUUCGAGCUGGUGUCACAGACAUCGAGCAACUUUCCCUAGUUUGUCCUAAGGUUGUACACAUUGUUGAUGAUGAUACCGUGGUUAAAAAUUUCAAGGAUGGUAUUAAUAUUUUCAGAAACUCAACAACAAAGGAUGAACAGAGUGCAACUAAAAAAAGUGUAACCAUAUCAAAUGUUCUCCGCUCAAUGAAGAAAAGGGAGUAUGCAUUCCGAACAAGUCUUUUGAAGUUAGUCAAGUUGUUAAAGACUACAGGACUCUUGUCUGAUGACUUCAUGACCAAUUUAAAAGAUGGGGUUUUCAUCCUAUUCUUUCUUACUUGUCAAAAUGGAAAUGAGUUCUCUAAAAUUUCCCUGGAAGAUUUCAUUACCUUUGUGAAGCAAGGUGGUAUUGGUGCUACAGGCAUUGACACGAAACGAGCAGGUUCUCAUGCCUUUGAAGCAAACUGUUGUGAUACAAAUCCUAUGACACCUUUGGAAAUGGUGGAACAUCUGAGAAAAGGGAUUGGAUCUGAUGGACAGGUUGUUCAUAUUGAAAAUAUCACUGCCCGCAAUGCCACCUAUGUUGAGAUCCCAAGUGCACUUUCAGAAAGCACAGUAUUGGCAUUGAAAAAUAUUGGAAUUACCAGAUUAUACAGCCAUCAGGCUGAGUCUAUCCAGGCUUCUCUUGCGGGAAAAAAUGUUGUUGUAGCUACCUUGACAUCCAGUGGGAAAUCUCUUUGCUACAAUGUGCCAGUUCUGGAAGUAUUAUCCCAGAAUUUGUCAGCAUGUGCUCUAUACCUCUUUCCUACAAAGGCUUUGGCACAAGAUCAACUAAGGUCUUUAUUAAACAUGACCAACGAGUUUAGUGCUGACCUCAGAAUUGGUGUAUAUGAUGGGGACACUUCUCAGAUGGAUAGGAAGUGGCUGCGUGAUAAUGCUAGACUGUUGAUCACAAAUCCUGAUAUGUUGCAUGUCUCAAUCUUGCCAUGUCAUAGACAAUUCAGUCGAAUUUUAUCAAAUCUUAGGUUUGUCGUUGUUGAUGAAGCUCAUUCGUAUAAGGGGGCGUUUGGAUGUCAUACUGCUCUUAUUUUGAGGAGACUUCACCGACUUUGUUCUCAUGUGUAUGGCAGUAAUCCUUCAUUUAUAUUUUCUACUGCGACUUCUGGAAAUCCUGUGGAGCACUCAAAGGAGCUCUCAAAUCUACCAACAAUAGAGUUGAUUCAGAAUGAUGGUAGUCCAUCUGGCUUAAAGCUUUUUAUGUUAUGGAAUCCUCCUUUGUGCCUGAAAAAGAUCUCAAAGAGAAUUAAGACUGACAUUGAUGAUGGCUCUGUUGACAAUCAUCUGAUUGCUAGAAGAUCAAGUCCCAUUUUGGAGGUUUCUUGCCUUUUUGCAGAAAUGAUGCAGCAUGGUCUUCGUUGUAUUUCAUUUUGUAAAACACGCAAACUUUGUGAGCUUGUCUUAUGUUACACGCGUGAGAUUCUUCAGGAAACAGCACCUCAUUUAGUUGAUACUAUAUGCGCUUACCGAGCUGGUUAUACUGCUGAGGAUCGAAGAAGAAUUGAGCAUGACUUUUUCAAUGGUAGUAUAUGCGGUAUUGCUGCUACAAAUGCUCUUGAAUUGGGUAUUGAUGUAGGACAUAUUGAUGCCACCCUACAUCUAGGCUUUCCAGGCAGUAUAGCUAGUCUGUGGCAACAAGCAGGAAGGUCAGGCAGACGGGGAAAUGCAUCACUUGCUAUUUAUGUUGCCUUUGAAGGGCCUUUGGAUCAAUAUUUCAUGAAAUUCCCCCAGAAACUUUUCAGGGGCCCAAUUGAAUGUUGUCAUAUAGAUGCAAGAAACCGGCAGGUUCUUGAACAGCAUCUGGCUGCUGCUGCUUUUGAACAUCCACUGAACUUGUCUGAUGACGAGAAAUACUUUGGUUCUGGCUUGGAGAGUAUCAUAAUGGCACUUAAAAACAAGGGAAUCCUGAGUACAGAUAUAUCACGUAGUGCUACAGCUAGAAUAUGGAGCUACAUCGGGUUGGAGAAGAUGCCCUCAAGUGCCAUUAGCAUUCGAGCCAUAGAAACUGAGCGGUACAAAGUGAUUGACAUUCAAAAGAAUGAACUCCUGGAAGAAAUUGAAGAAAGCAAGGCUUUCUUUCAGGUUUAUGAAGGGGCUAAUUAUAUGAAUCAAGGGAAAACGUAUCUUGUGAAGGAGCUUGAUGUGGCAAACAGAAUUGCUUGGUGCCAACGAGCGGACCUGAAAUAUUAUACCAAAACUCGUGACUAUACUGAUGUCCAAGUCACUGGUGCCAACUUUGCUUACCCAGCAAGGACUACUAGUCUGCAACUUCCAAGAACAACUGCCCAAGCACAAAGUUGUAGAGUAACGACCACGUGGUUCGGUUUCCGCAAAAUAUGGAAAAAGAGCAACCAAGUCUUUGACACUGUUGAACUUUCACUUCCUAAUUACACAUAUGAAACGCAGGCUGUCUGGAUUCAAGUUCCUCAGACCAUAAAGACAGCUGUAGAGACCUUAAAUUAUUCAUUCCGAGGAGGCUUACAUGCUGCUGGUCAUGCUCUUCUUAAUGUUGUUCCUAUGUACAUAGUUUGCAAUUCAUCUGAUUUAGCCUCAGAGUGUGUAAACCCUUAUGAUUCCCGCAAUGUUCCAGAAAGAAUUCUACUUUAUGAUCCACAUCCUGGAGGGACUGGCAUUUCAGCACAGGUGCAGCAUAUAUUCAGUGAGCUGCUGACUGCUGCUUUGGAACUUCUUGCAUCAUGUUGUUGCUCUGGCGAUACUGGCUGCCCUAACUGUGUACAAAAUAUUUCUUGUCACGAGUACAAUGAGGUUUUGCACAAGGAUGCUGCCAUAAUGAUAAUCAAGGCUGUAAUAGAGGAAGACGAAUCCUACUUCAAGAGUAUAUCAGAGUUGUCUUAGGUGUUUGUUUCCCAAUCCCAAUAUUAGAGAUGGGACAGUAUGUUUAGAUGUCAUUCUACAUAAGUCAAGAUUCCAUGUUUGUGUCUUCAGCCGACAACUAGGCAACACUAAAG